AAGCAAGAAAGUGAUGAACGGUUGGGAAUUUUCACCGUGUCAAGUGACGGCAUAACUGGCAUUAUGACGGAAAUGAGAAUUCGGGCAAAAUUAUCGCGAUCACAUGUCAUAUGGGGUGUUAUUUAA